GUCCGUCACUUUAGGAACACACGCGGUUCCUCCUUCUGAGAGUUUUACACAACGAAUCUAUAUUGUUCUUCUUUUGAGAUAAAAAAAAUCUGCACAAAUGCUAUGAUCCCAUCUGCAUCAUGGAAAAAUUUGCUGUGGGCUGUUCUUGCAACUUCUUUCCUCAUCACCAUGUUCAUGUAUCAGUUUACGCAAACGUUAAAACCUAUCUUCAUUGAAAAGAAUGAAUUUUUUUACUAUGAUCUGAACCAAGAAGAACCACCUAAUCGCAAUCAAAUGUGUCAACUUCCUCGAAACCAUCCAUUUGAUCCAUCCAUUUUGAAUUACUUGUCAUCUCCAAAGGCUAUUGUCUGUAAAGAACGUGUUGCCACCUUGACUUUCAUCGAUGAAGAAGGAGUUUUAAAAUUCAAUUUAACUGCUGUUAAAUCGUCAGGAUUUGUGGUGGAAAAGUUACAUUGUGAUUACAAAGAAAUAUUUCGUAAGAAUGAUUUUGAAGUAAUGUAUGGAGAAGCCCACAAAGUGCUACUCAAUGGCUCUAAAUUAUUCACCGAUUUUGUAUAUGUGUCUUGCUAUAAUUUUGCUGGAAUAGCAUUUUACACAAAUAUUCAUUGCCAUAUUAAUACCAAAAAUAAAAAUUUGAAUACAACAAAUAAUUCUAAGAACAUCGAUGCUGUGUACAAUGUAAUAAUACUUGGUAUUGAUUCAUUGUCGAGACUGAGUUUCAUACGCCACUUACCAAGAACAUAUAAGUUUUUAAUCAAAAACUUAAAUGCUUUUGUUUUCAGAGGAAUGACUAAAGUAGGUGAUAAUACUUUUCCUAAUUUAGGUGCUAUUUUAACAGGGAAAUCUGUAUUUGAAAAUGAGCUUCCUAAAGUUGAAAAUCCUACAGGAACAUACGACAUGUGGCCUUGUCUAUGGAAAAACUUCUCUAGGUCCGGUUACGCAACACUUUUUGCAGAGGAUCGUCCAGAUAUAGGUUUAUUUAAUUAUCUUCGUGGAGGUUUCAAAGAUGCUCCAACGGACCACUACAUGAGACCGUUUUGGUUAGUUGUACAAACUUCCAAACUGCACCGUGUGAGCUCAAAUUUAUGCUUUGGGAACAUCCCAAAACAUUUACUACAACUUCAGUAUACAAGAGACUUCAUAAUGAAGUACAGUAAAAUAAAACAGCCAAUCUUUUCUUUUACUUUUUUCGUUGAAUUGAGUCAUGAUUAUGUCAGCCAAGUAGCAUCAGCUGACGGAGAUUUUGAAUUCUGGCUAAAAGACCUGCUUCACUCAGGCCACUUAAACAGGACGUUCUUGUUCAUUUUGUCUGAUCAUGGACACCGCUUUGAUGCAAUGAGGGCGACUCUAGUUGGACGCAUCGAAGAACGAAUGCCCUUCUUUGCACUAGUCAUUCCAGAAAGUAUUCUGAACACGCAGAAGAGGGCAGUUCAGAAUUUAAAAAUAAAUCAAGGGAGACUGACGACACCUUACGACAUCUAUUUUACAGCUAUGGAUAUUUUAAAUUUUAGCACGAAUAACAUGAGCUUUGGAACCGAGACUCUCCUUUCUAGAGGAACAUCACUUUUCGGUUACAUCUCUCCAAAUCGAACCUGUACAAAUGCUGGAAUUCCUGACCACUACUGUGUAUGUGAAAAGGAAGAGAAAUUAGCCGAAUCAGAUCCCAGAUCGCAGAAAGCUGCCAGCGUUCUCGUCAAAGCCAUCAACGAUCGUUUAUAUUCUCACGCAAAUUUUUGCUCAGAACUACGUUUAGGUGAAAUUCUCCGAGCCGAUCUGAUUGUUCCGCGUCGUGAAGUGGUCGUCAAUUCUCGUCUAUACUUCGGGAAGCACGUAGAAGAUGGCAAGGCUUUGGGGAUGAUCACAAAAUUCAGAGUGACCGUCAGAACCAAACCUGGUUCCGCUUUGUUUGAAGGAACACUUAUAUUUCGAGAAAAUGAAGGGGACAUAUCAGUUCUUGGAGAUAUCAGUCGUAUUAAUCGCUAUGGUUCCCAAUCACAAUGCAUUGAAGAUGCAAUUUUAAGAAAAUAUUGCUAUUGUGAAAACGGGACUAAAUCUGAAGGCACUUUGAAACAUAAUUAUACGACAUGAGAAAUAUAAUUUAUGUUCUAUAUAUUUACAUUACAUGUACCUAUUAUCAAUGGCUUAACAAUGAUAAAUGACAUCCUCGUCAUAAUUGACUUUUAAAAGUAACAUAAAAGCACUAUUAUUUAAUACCGUCUCCAAGAAAAGCCACAGAACUUUUAUCCCACCCACCUAAUCACUCCACCCCUCCGCUACGCCAUUCAUUAUCAGCAUUUUCUUUUCUUAAACUGAUGAAGUAAAACUGUUUUGAAAUUCUUUCAGGUCCAUUAAAAAUAAUCCCAACAAACGAUUUCUUUUUAUGAAAUUUGACUGAUGUGUCUAAUUCUAACUAAGAAGAAAGAGGUUUGUAUGGUGAAGAAAAGUUAGCAUGUUUACAAAGUGAUAAAGAAAACUUGAAAAGAUGUAAAGAAAAAUUUAAUUGAAGGAUUAAGAAUUAUCUUUCGAAAAAACUUAUAUCAAUUGCAUUAAUUGAUAAAAUAAUUGGUCAGUAUAUAGUAGACUUUCAUUACCAUAUAUAUCAAAUACAAAGUACCGAUGAAUAUUUUUGUCUCAUCAUCAUCAUUCAGAUUUCGGAUCAUCAAAACUGUGUUUCGUGUACUCAAAUAUUCGAAACACAGUUUUUCAAAAGGAAGUUCAGAGUUCGAAAAUAUUUUUUUGUCUUGUAAAAGAUAACUGAAAAAUUUGUUGCAAAU